CACUAUACCACAUUGGCGUUGGAAUGGUGGCAUGCCUGUUAGCUGGUGGAUAGACCAGCUCAACUGCCUGGAAGCUCGGGUAAUAGUGUAGCAGUAGAACCCUUGUUUCUGAUUUAAUUUAUUGGAAUGGCAACCCUAUGUCAUAACCAGCAUCAUAAAUAAAAGAGCUUUACACCAUCUUCAUUCCCUGGGGCAUUAUAAUUUCAGAGGUGAGCUGUGUUAGUCUACAGUGAAAGACGGCUAGAUUCAAACCCAGUUCCUACUGGACCAGCGAGAUUGUUGGCCUGCGAGCUUUUGAGAGUCAAACCUCCCUACUUACGAUACAGAAUUUCUGUAAUUCCAAACUAGCUUACCUCCCACCCCACCCCUCCCACCCUGAGACCAGCCCCACAAUGGCCACCUCCCCCUUUCUUGUUCCCCUCUUCUCCCUUUUUUGCCUCAUCUCUGUGGUUUCUUCGGAGAUCCGCUAUCAGCGAGGGAAUCCAGUGGAGCUGUAUGUCAACAAAGUGGGACCGUACCACAAUCCGCAGGAGACCUACCAUUACUACCAACUCCCUGUGUGCUCCCCGAAGAAGAUUCGGCACAAGAGCCUCUCCUUGGGGGAAGUCCUGAAUGGAGACCGCAUGGCCGAGUCCAUGUACGAGAUCCGGUUCCGCGAGAACGUCGACAAGAAGGUUCUCUGCGAAAUGAAACUCUUCCCGCAGCAGGUAGAGCGCCUCCGGCAGGCCAUCGAGGAGCUGUACUAUUUUGAAUUUGUGGUGGAUGACCUGCCUCUCCGUGGGUUUGUGGGCUACAUGGAAGAGAGCGGGUUUUUGCCCCACAGCCACAAGAUCGGGCUGUGGACCCACCUGGACUUCCACCUGGAGUGGAAUGGGGACCGCAUCAUCUACGCCAACGUCAGCGUCCGUGACGUCAAGCCCACCAGCCUGGACGACGUCCGUGGCCCUGGCCCGCUCUCCAUCACCCACACCUACAGCGUCCGCUGGUCCGAGACCACCUCGGAACGGCGAGGGGAGCGGCGGGGAAGCCGCGGCGGGGACGACGGCUUCUUCCCUCGCACCUUGGAGAUCCACUGGCUCUCCAUCAUCAACUCCAUGGUGCUGGUGUUCCUCUUGGUGGGUUUCGUGGUGGUCAUCCUCAUGCGGGUCCUGAAGAACGACCUGGCCCGCUACAACCUGGACGAAGAGGCCUCUUCCUCGUCUUCAGGGGACGACUUUGACCAAGGGGACAACGGGUGGAAGAUCAUCCACACCGACGUCUUCCGCUUCCCUCCUUGCCGCUCCCUCCUCUGCGCAGUGCUUGGGGUGGGCAGCCAGUUCUUGGCCCUGGGCACGGGCAUUAUCGUGAUGGCGCUGCUGGGCAUGUUCAACGUCCACCGGCACGGCGCCAUCAACUCAGCCGCCAUCCUUCUUUAUGCCCUCACCUGCUGCAUCUCCGGUUAUGUGUCCAGCAACUUCUACCGCCAGAUCGGCGGCGAGCUCUGGGUAUGGAACAUUCUCCUGACCACCAGCCUCUUCUCUGCUCCGUUCUUCCUGACGUGGAGCGUGGUCAACUCGGUGCACUGGGCCAACGGCUCGACGCAGGCGCUGCCGGCCACCACCAUCUUCCUGUUGCUAACAGUCUGGCUCCUGGUGGGCUUUCCCCUCACGGUCAUCGGGGGCAUCUUCGGCAAGAACCGGGCCGGCCCCUUCGACGCGCCCUGCCGCACCAAGAACAUCGCCCGCGAGAUCCCUCCCCAGCCCUGGUACAAGUCCACCCUGGUGCACAUGACUAUUGGGGGCUUCCUGCCCUUCAGUGCCAUUUCCGUGGAGUUGUACUACAUCUUUGCCACAGUGUGGGGUCGGGAGCAGUACACCCUCUACGGGAUCCUGUUCUUCGUCUUCGCCAUCCUCCUCAGCGUCGGGGCCUGCAUCUCCAUCGCCCUCACCUACUUCCAGUUAUCGGGCGAGGACUACCGCUGGUGGUGGCGGUCUGUGCUGAGUGCCGGCUCCACCGGCCUCUUCAUCUUCCUCUACUCCGUCUUUUACUACUCGCGGCGCUCCAAUAUGUCCGGAGUGGUGCAGACUGUGGAGUUCUUUGGCUACUCGCUCCUCACGGGCUACGUCUUCUUCCUCAUGCUGGGGACGAUCUCCUUCUUUGCCUCGCUCAAGUUCAUCCGCUACAUCUACAUCAACCUCAAGAUGGACUGAGCAGGCGCCCGCUUCCUGUUGGGCGGGGACUGCAAUAACGCUCGGCUCUCCCAUUGGCUGAGACGGGUGUGGCUCAAAGUGGUACCUCCCAACCUAUUGGCUAACUUUAGGCCUGACACGAGAAAGCCCUCUUCGCCUUGGCCGAGCAGUUCCGAAAACUCGGCCUCUUGUGAUCCACCUUUCUGUUGGGAGGGGUGUGUUUGAGUGCUUUCUUGGCAGUUCUUCAUCAGGAAGUGAAGAAAAUGGGGUCCUUUUGAUCUCUUCUCCUGUUGGUUAGGGCAGCUAGCCAAUCAGGGAGCCCUGUGAAGCCAGCCAAUUAGGGACAGCUACACCUUUCUCUCUCUCCUCCUCCCCCCCACUGUUAUUAUUUGAGCUCACGAACACGUGCUGGGGUAGAACCACCACGUUUCUCUGCUCCAACUGGUUGAAAAGGGACCAGGCGCCUUGGCACCAUUAUGCCAAGGCAUAUGCCAAGAUAUCUGGCCAACGGGAAAAACCGGGCUCUGUUCCCGAGUCCCCACUUUCUGACCAAUCGAAGCUAUAACACAACACCCCCCCCCCCCACACACACACACACAACUUGAGUUCUCUCCUUCGGAGUCCUUACAAAUUGGUGGGGAUCAAUCACCCAAACUACAUAUCCGGGGAGGGGGCGGGGGGAUAUCCUAAUUAAUGCAAGGGCAGGCUGACCCAAGAGCUGAGCACCCCCUGUUCCUUGGUGCGUCCUUCUAUACAGGAUUCCAGAUUUGGGAGAGACUUUGACAGCUCGGGGAGACACUUCCUGAAUUUUUCCUUCACUUUCCUAGGGGCAGAGGGCGAAGAGCAUCCUUUUGCGGGGCAGGGCGGGAGAGAGGCGUCCAGGAGCAGUUCUCUCUAUGGGGCCAAGACUAGCCUGUCAGUACCAGCGGGGUCCUCGGUGCACGUUGUAGGCAGGAGAGUGAGUUGCGAGCAGUUAGCCAUUUCAAAGCCUGGCAAGGAUUACCCCACGAUCCCUGCACCGCCAGCCGCCUCUCUUUCAUGCUCGGACCUCGCUGGGGAUCUGGCGCGUAUAGGAUUGGGGGGGGGGGGGGGGGAGGAUCAGCCUCCUCCCUUCCCACACGGGUGGAGAAAACGGUUAAAAUGAUCUAUAAAAUAUAUAUAUGAUGAAGAAUUCUGUAUAUUAGCAAGAAUUGAAGUUGGGUCUCUUUGUUUUUUUAUUUUUUUGUUGUUCCAAUGGUUUCUUUUUACAGAUCUUGAAAUGCAACUUUUAUUAAUAAAAGAACCCCUAAAUUUCAGA